UCUCCCCUCACAGGCAGGUCGCUCGCUCGCCCACACACUGUCAAGUUCAACUCCCCGCUCCGCUCCCCCAAAGAUUCCAAAUUUUCCCAAAUCGCUGGCCUCAAUCGCCCGCGCCCCCGCCGAAUCCCCAGAUCCCCACCUCCUCCCGCGCGCCCCGGCCCCCAGCUCCGCCCAAUUCUAGGGUUCCCCGCCCGUACGCCAGCUCCCCACCGCCAGAUUAGGGUUUCCAUCUCGCAUUCCGCCCUCCCGGAGCUUCCCCUUCCGGGCGAUUGGAGCCGGAGAGGAGCGUCCGGCCGCGGCGAGCUGCGGGUUCCCUCUGCCUAGGGCCUGGAUUUCCGGCGGCGGGGGGGAUGUCGUGAACGCCGGAGCUUGCUUGCUUGCUCUUCCCCGUCCGUCGGGGAGCUGAGGUGAGCUGAGCUGAGCUCAGGCUAGGCUAGGGUUUCGUGCUGCGUGCUCCGUUAGCGAGGAGGGCAGCCGGAGAUGUUCUACUCGCAGUUCAUCUUGGCCAAGAAGGGCCCGCUCGGGACCAUAUGGAUCGCCGCGCACUUGGAGCGCAAGCUCCGCAAGAACCAGGUCACGGACACGGACAUCGGCGUCUCCGUAGAUUCAAUUAUAUUCCCUGAGGUUCCAAUUGCGCUGCGGUUAUCCAGUCAUCUUAUGGUAGGCGUGGUCAGAAUCUAUUCUCGGAAGGUCAACUACCUAUUUCAUGAUUGCAGUGAAGCCUUGCUCAAGAUAAAACAAGCAUUUAGGUCUGCUGCUGUUGAUCUCCCCCCUGAAGAAUCAACUGCUCCAUAUCAUUCUAUAACACUCCCUGAGACAUUCCAUCUUGAUGAUUUUGAGUUACCGGAGGCUGAGUUUCAGGGGGACAUUGAUCAUCAUGUAAGCUCAAAAGAACAGAUUACCCUGCAAGACAACCCAGAGAGAACAGGAUAUUCAACAUCUGAAUUUGGUUUAGAUGAAAGAUUUGGUGAUGGCAGUUCUUCACAUAUGGGUUUUGAUUUGGAGGAGGAAUUAUUGCUGGCGAAGGAUGAUCCAAUUCAACUCGAAUCUGGUGAUGGUAUCCUCAUUCAAGGUCAAUCAUCACUUCAUCCUACUGAUAUGGAUGUUGACGAUAACCCAAGUAAAGAUGAAGAGGCUGAAGCAUAUAACAAAAUGGAUGAUGAACCUUCUAGUUCCAGCAAGCAAAAUCAAUCGAAUGCAGAUGAUUUAAGAAACAAUAUUCCUAACUGGACUGGUUACAAUUUGCGUACCCCUGAUUUGAAUGAUAUGCUUUUCCACAAUGAAGGUGACGCGGGGCCAUCUUCUUCAUACUAUCAGCCUAGUCCCUUCCCUUGUGAUGAUCCUGCAUCUCCUGCCUCUCCUGCCUCUCCUGAGUUUGUAAGCGCUCAAGCCCCAGCUACACCUGGCUUAAUGGAAGAAACAGUUCCUUCCAGAGUGCAUGAAAGUCCUGUUCUGAGUCCGCAACGGAAAGCUUCACCAUCAAGCAACGAGGAAACUGCAAAGAUUGACAAUUUUGCUGCUCCGCCCUCAGAUUUUGUCCAUUCAGCCGCAGCAAAUGCUAAUGAUGCUGGGAUGGUUGAAUUUGGAUUAACUAAGCCUGUGCAAGUUGAGUCUUCUGGUGCCGCACAGGAGAAUUCUGCCGCUCCAUCCUUAGAUUUUCUCCAUUCAGCUACAGCUACAGCUAAUGCUAAUGAUGCUGUUGGUGCUGAGAUGGCUGAGUUUAGCUUGGUUAAGCCUGUGCAAGUUGAGUCUUCCGGUGCAGCACAGGAGAAUCUUGCCGCUCCAUCCUCAGAUCCUUUCCAUUCAGCUGCAGCAAAUGCUAAUGAUGCUGUUAGUGCUGAGUUUGCUGAAUUUGGAUUGGCUAAGCCUGUGCAAGUUGAAUCAUCUGGUGCUGUAGCUCCACCCUUGGAUUUUCUCCAUUCAGCUGCAGUAAAUGCUAAUGAUGCUGUUGGUGCUGAGAUGUCUGCAUAUAGAUUGACUAAUCCUGUGCAAGUUGAGUCUUCCGGUGCACCCUCAGAUUUUCUCCAUUCAGCUACAGCUAAUGCUAAUGAUGCUGUUGGUGCUGUACAAGAGAAUUUUGCUGCUCCACCCUCAGAUUUUUUCCAUCCAGGUGCAGCACAUGCUAAUGAUACUGCACAUGCUGAUGAUACUGUUGGUCCUGAGAUGACUGAAUUUAGAUUGGCUAAUCCUGUGCAAGUUGAGUCUUCUGGUGCUGUACAUCAUAAUUUUGCUGCUCCACCGUUAAAUUUUCUCCAUCCAGGUGCAGCACAUGCUAAUGAUGCUGUUGGUGCUGGGAUGGCUGAAUUUAGAUUGGCUGAGCCGGUGCAAGUUGAGUCUUCUGGUGCUGUGCGGGAGAUGGAUUUUCUGAGGCAACACUCUUCAACUGUGGAUAUGCCACCAGAACCACAAACAUCAAACCUGGUGGCUACUGUUGAUAAGUUGGUGGUAAAUACUGAGGAUAUAGCUGUAUCAGGUCAAACACUGCCUUUUAAAGCAACCAUGGGAAGUGUGCCAUUUGUUCAGAAUACUUCGGAGCCACGCACUAAUGGUUCUACCGAGACAUACGUGACAGGGAAUCAAACACAUUUUAAUGAGGGGUCAGUAAACAUGCAAGGGUAUAAUUUUCUUGCUUCUAAUGUAUCUGUAGAGCCAUACCCUGAUGGUUCUACCGAGCCAUGGGUGACAGGGCAACAACAACAAAGCUUCUUGUCCCAAGCAAGUUGGGGUAGGCCUAGUGGUUCUACCGAGCCACGCGUGACAGGGCAUCCAACACAUUUUAAUGAGGGAUCAGUAAAUGUGCAAGGGUAUAAUCUGCAUGCUCCUAAUGUGUUUCUCGGACAUAACUUACAAGAAAUACCACCAGGAAUGACACACAGUAAUAUAUCAACUGCUGCUUUCCAACAGAACACUGGAACAAUACCGCAAUACAUGUCAUAUAAUGAUAGACCAAAUGACAUGUUCACCUCAAAUUUCCCAGAACGCGAGAGAAUGCUCUCAGCUCCAUAUAUUGGAUUCCACCAGACAAAUGACUUGGGGCAGUUAACUGCAGAGAAAGGAAUCACUGAAUCUGAUGGAAGUAACAAAAUAGGUAGCCUUAGUAGCAGAAAACGUCACUUGGAGGAUAGCAUGCCAGCUCCAGAGAGUAGGACUACUGAAAAUUUGUCCAGCACACCACAUGGUCAAAGAACCACUGAUGCUAUUCCUAACGAUGAUGAUAUACUGGCAUCCAUUUUAGUUGGUAGAAGAACCCCUGGAUUGGUGCUUGAUUCAACUCCAUUACCACCUAAUGCAUCAACUUCAAAACGCCAAAGGUUGACACCGAAGACCGCAUUGACACCCAAGACCAGGACACCCAAGAGAAGAGUGAAAAUGGAUGAUGCCAUGGUUAUACAUGCUGAUAUUAUACGGCAGCAGUUGAUUAGUACCGAGGAUAUAAGGCGCAUCCGUAGAAAGGCUCCAUGCACCCGUACUGAAAUAUGGAUGAUCGAGAAAGGUUCACUUGAAGAUGAUAUAUUCCGCGAGCCUAUAUUUUCCUGUAUGCACAAGGACCUGAACGGUUUACACUAUCGAACCUAUGAGUCUGUUUCUCAAUUCACCGUACAUAACAGGGAACCGCAAGGACAAGUAGACAUGUCUGAAACUAUCCGAGCAGAUAGCAGCAAUGCUGGCAUCUCUGGUGCAGAGGAAAGUGCAGCUCAUGAUCACCAACUUCAUAUGGUGCUACCAGAUACCAACAAUGUUGACAUCUCUGGUGCAAAGGACAGUGCAGCUCUUCAUCACGAACUGAAUAUGGGACUACCAGAUGGAGCUCACAACGUUGGCAUCUCUGGUGCAAAUGACAGUGCAGCUCUUGAUCACCAACUAAAUAUGGGACUACCAGAUGGAGCUCACAACGUUGGCAUCUCUGGUGCAAAUGACAGUGCAGCUCUUGAUCACCAACUAAAUAUGGGACUACCAGAUGGAGCUCACAACGUUGGCAUCUCUGGUGCAAAUGACAGUGCAGCUCUUGAUCACCAACUAAAUAUGGGACUACCAGAUGGAGCUCACAACGUUGGUAUCUCUGGUGCAAAUGACACUGCAGCUCUUGAUCUGGGACUACCAGAUGGAGCUCACAACGCUGGCAUCUCUGGUGCAAAUGACAGUGCAGCUCUUGAUCACCAACUUCAUACGGGACUACCAGAUGGUGCUCAAUUAGAUGCUACACCACAAGAAGCAACUGAUGCAGUUGACGCUACAGCUGCAUUUGGUUUGCAAAUGCCAUCUGAUGAACGUGAUAACAACAUUGAAAAAGUAACUGAGUUUGGUGACGGGAAAGAAAUCCCACUUGUUGACGAAACAAAUGCUGCUGCAAACAUUACUGCUCAUGUUGAUACACUGGAUAAGGAUUGCCAUCAAGAUGCUUCAGCAGAUAUGCAGAGGAAUACAAAUGCUGAUACACCUCUCUUUGUGCAAGAUGACAUAACCCAUGAUUCUGCUACUAUAACAGAUGCUCCAGAUGUUGCUUUGCAUAGUUCUGGUCCAGCUUGUGCGCAAGCAGUGGACGCCCGGGAAGGGGAAUUGAGUGACAUUGUUCGCAGUGAUAUUAAUACUUUUGAGGAUAAGGAGAUGCCCACUUCUGAGGUUACUGGACUGGAAUUCACUGAACAUGCCUCUGGUUUUCCUCAACCAACAGAGGAUGAGAAUGCUGUGUCGGCGAUGGGAGAAAAUUCUGGCUUGCAAGGAAACAAUGCAGGAUCCUUCACGGACAUGGACAACAUGGGGCAUGACUUCACGGACAUGGACCACACUGGGCAUGACUUUGCACUUAAGGAAUGCAGUGAUUUUGGAAGUGCAAUUCAUGGUGUUGACGCAGAUUUUCUACCCUAUGAUGAUGAUGGGGACUUUGAUGAGGCAAUUGAUCUCGAUGAUGAUGACGAUGAGCCAAAUCCUGACGAAUUCCAGUCUCAUGAUGCACUUAGUGGCUGGUCUUCUCGUACCAAGGGUGUUGCAAGAUAUCUCAAGACUCUGUUCGAUGAAGAGUCUGGUCGGGGGAGAAAGAAUGUUGUCAUUGAUCAUCUGGUAAAUGGAAAGUCUCGGAAAGAAGCCUCAAGGAUGUUCUUCGAGACCUUGGUCCUGUCGACGAAGGACUACAUUCAGGUGGAGCAACCAAUUCCCUUUGGUUUAAUAAACGUGAAGCCAGUAUCCAAGCUCCUGAAGACAGAUUUCUAGACCAAGACCGCCCUAGCAAGAGUGGCAUGAUAUACAUACAUCUUACAAUAUCUGUCACAGCACCAUCAACAACAUACAGAUCGUCUUCUUCAUCUUUGUCAUCGUCGUCGUGACUCGGCCCCCGUUUUUCGUUGUUUGUUGUUAAAUUUAUCCCCCUCCGUAGUAGUAUCGUGCCCCCCGCACUAAUCUGUGCCUAGCAGAGCUGAGCCGAGCUGAAGUAGUAGGGCUGUGUUGUUGUGCUCCAUCCAUGUCAGUGUACAUAUAUGAUUAGCCCGUGUAAAGUUAAGUUCUAUAUGUCGUGUAAUGUGGUAGUGUCGUUGGCUCGGAGGAUGUUAUUGACUGUCUGUUGUUUUACCUUGAACAGUCCUUGGGAACUGUAUGCAUCUGGAUCUGUUGGACUGCUUGUAUUUGGAAGUUUUCCUCAAGUUUCAGGACUGAUGAAUUUUACUGUCUUGAUGCAAUUUGGCAA